AUGGUCGCUCACCCUCGUCGUCUCAAGAUUGCCCUGAUCGGCCUCGGCCGGCUCGGUGCCAUCCGCGCUCGCAUCCUUGCCUUUCAGCAGCCUCGCAUCGAGCUCGUCGCCGCCUGCGACACCAAGCCCGGUAGCGGUGAAUGGGCGGCGGCCAACCUUCCACCUUCAGUAAAGUUCUUCGCGGAUCCCGAGGAUUGCAUGAAGAACAGCGGUGCAGAGGCUGUCCUCAUUUCCACCGCGACGGCUACUCACGCCCCCCUCAUCUGCCAGGCUCUUGACCUAGGUCUCCAUGUCAUGAGCGAGAAGCCGAUCUCGGUGGACAUCAUCACUACUGAAGAGGUCCUCGCCAAGGCCGCUGCCAAUCCUCACUUGAAGUUCCUGGUUCCUUUCUGUAGACGAUACGAUGACUCGUAUCGUGCUGCCAAGCUGCUGGUCGAGAACGGUACGCUCGGCGAGAUCCACGCUGUCGAGACCACCUGCCUUGAUCAGCAGGACCCUUCUGGCUUCUUCGUCACCUUUUCUGCGCAGUCCGGAGGCAUCUUUGUUGACAUGGGUGUCCACGAUAUUGACAUCGGCCGCUACUUCCUGGAUGUCAAGUCGGGCCUCACCAACCCCAGGAAGCAGGUCAACAGAGUCAUUGCCAUUGGCCAGCAGGCUGUCUACAGCGACCUUGCGAAGUACGGCGAUUGCGACAACGGAUGGGGUCUGGUUGAGUUUGCCAAUGGCAAGGUCCUCACCACCCACCUGGGCCGCACGCUUACCAAUGGUUUUGAGGGCAUGACCCGCGUGUGUGGUACCAAGGGUCAUUCUGUCAUCAAUGGCAAUUCUACAUCGAACCGUGUUGAGAUUCGUGACUCGUACGGUGUGCGUACAGCCACCACCGCCGACGCGUUCAUUCUCUACGAUAAGUCGUUCAUCAACGACCUUGCCGAGUUCGCUAGUGCCGUCCUCGACAAACAGCCCCUCACUUGCACUCCAGAUGAUGCCUAUGAGGCGGCAAAGAUUGCCACUGCGUUGCAGUACUCGUUCCGCAACGGCGUGCCAGUCUACUUUGACGACAAUGGUCUGCCUAUCAUGGAGGCUGCCAAGGUCAACGGUCACUGA